AUGUGUUGGAAGGGCGAGGUAGUCGAUAUAAGUGAGAGGAGCUUCAGGAACAGGAGUUCAAAGCAGUAUCUCAAAGCCACAAAGAAAACAGAAAUGGGACAGUCGGAGGUGGCGCCUCUCGCCGGUGCCAAGACCUUCAGAAGUGACCACCUUGCGCAGCUCUCGCUCUUCCCAUCUCAACUCACGGCGCUCACCAUUGGCAUCUCAGCCCAAUCAGUUUCCUGA